AUGGUGGCUAUAGAGGACCAUCAAUCCAUCUUCCAACCCCUCAUCGACAGAAAACCAAUCAAAACAAACCAUGACACAACUUCUGAUGAUUCCACAUCAAACGUCGGAAUUCUCAUACGUUUCAUUUCCGUCAUCUUGGUCGGAAUCCUCUCAUUCUGGGCGAACCAUGAAGCUUCUAAAGGGUUUGACAUCACCGUCCUCAACAAUGUCGCUCGUGACUCCCUCGCCGGCCAGCGCUUCCACCUCUUCUACGUCGCCAACGACAAAGUCACCCGCAUCGUCCUCCACGCCAGCGACUUCAUCGAACACCUUCUUUACCCUAGCGACGACGACAUCCCCAAGAAGCAAGUAAACAGUGUCGUUGUAAGGCUCGUCAGCGUGAACCUAACAAAAGCCGUGGUGGAAAACGACCGUAACUUUGUGGUGAACAUAAGCCCUUCGGUUAUGGAAGAGGCCAACGUCGACCGUGCAUUAGUGUCGGCGAUACGACGUGGCAUGGCGCGUGUGUGGCUUUGGGAUGGCAGAGGGUCCGGUGCUCCGCCGGAGCUUGUGGAAGGCAUGGUGGAGUACGUAAGGAUGGCUGCGGAAGGGUUUGGUGGCCUGAAAAGUGAUUUUUCCGUCCGAAAUAUACCGGCAGGUGAGGGUUACGCUUGGUGGGAGGACAAGGACCCUGUAGCCUUGGCAACUUUGUUGCGGUAUUAUGAAGGGUACAGCAAGGGCUUCAUUCAACGGCUGAAUAGAGCUAUGAAGUAUAAGUGGCAUGAUGGGACGGUGAAUGAUGCACUUGGCAUGCCAUUACAAAAUAUAUGUGGUGAAUAUAAUUUUUCCAAGGCCAGUUAUUGA